GUCACACAAUUUAGAAUCUCCGAAGCAUCAUUCAUCUUCUUCCUCCUUCUUUGAUGUCAAUCUCAAUUUCCAUGCGAAUUCGAUUAUUUAGUUCAAGUAUUGUUUGAUUGAUUGUUUUGGGCUGAGGUUUCCUUGGUCAUGGCGGUGCGAUCCUCCGGCAGAAAGCUCUCUUUCGAGAUUCUCAGCGACAGUAGCUCCCAUGAAGAAGAUGACUCUGACCGCCAUCGAUCCAAAUCGGGUCCAAGUCGAAUCAACGUUGUUACGGCUGAACAAUCCCAGCCUGCCCCUUUGGUUUCUCCCGAUAAGUCUAACCGGAAGAAGCGCAAGCACAAAAGCUCCAGGAAGAAGAAGCUUAUUGAGCCCUGCAUACCCGAAGAUCCGAUCGCUGAGCGAGAAACUGUUAAAUCUAAUUCGGUUUCCUCUGACUCCAGAGAUCUACAUUCGUCAUCGGCGAACGGGGAAGUAUUAUUCAAUCAUGGAGCAGCUUGUUGCGUAAACGGGUUUGAGCUCGACAGUCAGGGAUACCAUGCGGUUGGAACUGUUAUCUGCGAGGAGAUAAUUGCACCGGACGAGAGUAAAACGAGUGUUUGUACAGUGGCACCAGUGGCGGAGACCGAGUUCCAGGGUGUGCGUGCUGGUGAGGGGUUUAAUUUUGGUGAAUUAAGGCUCAGAACUGUCAAUGGUGGUAAUUGUGAGGACUUGGGGUCUUCAAAUGUUGAUGGUGAUGAGAAGGACGAUAGUGUCGCGAAGGCCAGUUCGGUGGAGAAGGAGAGGAGCGAGCCACAUCGGAAUGUCGUUUCACAGUUAGACUCGGCAAGAUCAUUGGAUUGGAAUCGUCUUAUGGCGGAAGAUCCUAAUAACAUGUUUUCAGCGGAUAAAUCACCACUAAAAUGCUUCAUGGAGGAAAUGUACACUGGAAAUUCUCUACGGAGCACAACAACUCUCGGUAAUGAGAAAGAACGAGAAAGAGUUUAUGACACUAUCUUCCGCUUACCAUGGAGAUGUGAAUUGCUUAUAAAUGUUGGUUUCUUCGUCUGCUUUGAUUCGUUUCUGUCACUCUUAACCAUCAUGCCAACAAGGAUAGUGAUGACCAUUUGGAGGCUUCUAAAAACAAGGCAGUUCAAGAAUCUGUCUGCAAUUGAGUUAUCAGAUUUUGGCUGUUUUAUAAUUAUGGCUUGUGGAGUCAUUCUUUUGCAGCGAACAGAUAUCAGCUUAAUUUAUCAUAUGAUCCGUGGUCAAGGAACAAUCAAAUUAUAUGUCGUCUACAAUGUGUUAGAGAUAUUUGAUAAACUAUGUCAAAGUUUUAAUGGGGAUGUAUUGCAAACCUUAUUUCAUUCAGCAGAAGGACUUGCAACUUGUCCAUCAGAAAGUAUGAGAUUCUGGAUACGGAGAUAUAUUGCUGAUCAGUCUUUAGCUGUGGCUGCUUCAAUCAUUCAUUCUUUUAUCUUAUUAGUUCAGGCAAUCACUUUAUCAACCUGUAUAGUUGCUCACAACAAUGCAUUGCUUGCCCUGCUGGUGUCAAAUAACUUUGCGGAGAUUAAGAGCAAUGUGUUCAAGCGAUAUAGUAGGGAUAAUGUUCACAGUUUGGUGUACUUUGAUUCUGUUGAGAGAUUCCAUAUUUCAGCAUUUAUCUUAUUCGUUCUGGCUCAAAAUAUUCUGGAAGCAGAGGGCCCCUGGUUUAAGAGUUUUCUCCUUGAUGUUGGCUUGGUUUAUUCAUGUGAAAUAGCUAUUGAUGUUAUCAAGCACUCAUUCAUCGCCAAAUUUAAUGACAUUAAACCCAUCGCAUACUCUGAAUUCCUUGAAGACCUUUGCAAACAGACUCUAAAUAUGCAAACGGAGGGUGUGAAGAAACAUCUGACUUUUGUUCCUCUUGCUCCUGCUUGUGUGGUCAUUCGAGUGUUGACUCCUGUGUAUGCUGCUCACUUUCCGUACUAUCCUCUUCCGUGGAGUCUUUUCUGGGUCGUUCUCUUUUCAGCAGUGACCUAUGUUAUGCUGGCAAGCCUCAAGGUUCUACUUGGCAUGGGCCUACAGAAACACGCUGCCUGGUAUGUUACUCGCUGCCAAAGGAGGAGGCACCAUCUUCAUGCUGAUUAAACUGCAGAGGGCUAAAAAUUUUGCUGCGUCUGAGUUACUGUACGUGCUCUGCUGCUCAAGGAUAAUGUUUCAUAUGCCAUAGGAGCACGUGGAAGGCCCAAUUAAUAUGGGGACAUGGCUAGCGCCUAGCAGGAGUGCGCAUCAGUACAACUUCACGAGGCAAGCCUUUAGACGUUUCCUCACAAUUUUGACACAAGGAUACACAUACACUUGAUUGAUGAUUCCAGAAUCCAGGAAGAGUACCAAGUUAUCGCGUUGAAAUAUGGCCACACGUAUAUUCUCCGGCACUCUUUAAUUAUUUCUCUAGUUUUAGGAAGUCUAUUUUGGUUUUAUUAUACAUUUUUUAUUAUAGCCCUGUCCAGCAUUGUAACCCUGUUUUCAGAAUUUUUUUUUCUAACAUCAUGAGCAAUAAUAGUUUGAA